AUGUCAGGUAUUCCUCCACAAUUUUUUAAGAUCUCAAACAUAGCCACGGGUGCUCUAAUUGCGCUCUCGGCGUUUUCCCAGCUGACAUACCUGUUCAAAAACUUUUCUGCUUUCCUGAUGGCCCUUUUCGCGUUGGCACUUUCAGUCCCCAUUGUAUACCUGGAGUUCAGGGUGCCACCCAAUCUGUAUCGGUUUGCCUCCUUUUACUUCAGUUUCAUCGGCAGGGGACUGCUCUACAUGCUGUUGGCUCUCUUGGUAAGCUUCGGCGGAGUUUUCAAGAUACUCAUUGCUGCCAUAGUCUUUACAAUGGGAGGAGUUUUCGUCGGAUUUCAAUUCGUUCCUACGAUCCAAGAACCAGAGAAUUUCAGAGCAGAGGGGAAUUCCAUUGCGGUCGGUGACGACGACGACGAAAUUAUUUAG